GACCCGGCGGAGCGGAAGUCACUCCGUGAGGCAGUGGCGACGGCGGCGGUGAGAGGAUGAACAACAAGUUCGACGCAUUGAAAGACGAUGACAGUGGGGACCAUGAUCAGAAUGAAGAAAACAGCACACAGAAAGAUGGUGAGAAGGAAAAAACAGAACGAGACAAAAGUCAGGGCAGCAGUAAGAGGAAGGCUGUUGUCCCUGGACCAGCAGAGCAUCCCCUGCAGUACAACUAUACUUUCUGGUACUCCAGAAGGACCCCCGGCCGUCCCACCAGCUCACAGAGCUAUGAACAGAAUAUCAAACAGAUUGGCACCUUUGCCUCUGUGGAGCAGUUCUGGAGGUUUUAUAGCCACAUGGUACGUCCUGGGGACCUGACAGGCCACAGUGACUUCCAUCUCUUCAAAGAAGGAAUUAAACCCAUGUGGGAGGAUGAUGCAAAUAAAAAUGGUGGCAAGUGGAUUAUUCGGCUGCGGAAGGGCUUGGCAUCCCGUUGCUGGGAGAAUCUUAUCCUGGCCAUGUUGGGGGAACAGUUCAUGGUUGGGGAGGAGAUCUGUGGGGCUGUGGUCUCUGUCCGGUUUCAGGAGGACAUUAUUUCAAUAUGGAAUAAGACUGCCAGUGACCAAGCAACCACAGCCCGAAUCCGGGAUACGCUUCGGCGAGUGCUUAACCUACCUCCCAACACCAUUAUGGAGUACAAAACCCACACCGACAGCAUCAAGGACAAUUCAAGCUUUCGAAAUACAAAAAUCACAUUGUGAAAGUACUCAAGCUGGCAAUAAUCCUUUUCUGUCUGUGUGUGUUUGUCCGAAAUGGAUGGGAGGUCUCCAGCUGGUCCUUCCAUCUGCUCACUGAAGGGACGUCCCUGAGCCGUGUGCUCCCCUUUUGCACUCAUUCCUGGAGGACGGAUUCCGCUAGACACCCUCCAGCAUCGCUGACUUUAUAAAGCGGAAAAACAGAAAACGUGACUUUGUAAUAGACAAACUUUUUUUUAAAUGGGAUUCUGUCGGGGUGGGGGGAGUUCAGCCUUUCGUUUUGCUGUGUGCUGUCCAGAUGCCUGUCGGGCGUUCUGUUGUGCUCUUCUCUGCUGUACAAAGGGCAUCAUGACCACGUGUACAAGCCAGAGCUGUCAACUGAGAGUUAUCAGUAUUAUGAAUGUCUGUGCAUCCAGGAAAAGCUUUUUGUUGGAGAGUCCCGGAAUAGCUAUAAAUGCUCUCUUCUAGCUCUGCCGUUAAAUUAUUGGGACAUUUUGUUUAUUUCUCUCCCCUCUUCCCCCAAGCCCACCAUUUUCUGAAAAUGUGUUACUGAUUGUGUAUAGUCUCCUGCCUUAUGCCCUCCAGUCCUCCCGCCUGUGGGACUCUUUCUUCUUAGGCACUGCUGCACUUAGAAAUUUAAGCCAGUGGGCCACACUGGUUUCACUGAGGCGGCUCAGAAGGUAUGCCUUGGUAAAUUAAACUGGAGCAGAAUCCAGUGUGAUUAGGAGCUAAGUUAUAAUAGCGGUUCCAAGUGCAGGAUUUGGAGCUGAGGGCAAUGUCUGAAACCAGAUGAGCAGGGCCUGUGUGUCCAGCCUGUUUCUGUGGGUUCUUGCAUGACCCUCAUUGAGGAAGGGAAGCAAAGGCUUGGUUGUCACCCAGUAUUAACACUUCAUGUGGUGAAUUCUAUGAUCCCGAAACUGGGGCAUCUGACGAAAAGGUGACCGUGAUGGGUAGCUUUCUUUGCAUGGCUGUGCCCGUCUGCAGUGGUUGAGGAAACCUGCUUUCCAUCCGUAUCACUUGGUAGAUACGCUAGUUAGUGUGUGCUGAUCCAUGAUACCCAGACAGAAACCUCUCGUAGGCCACUGCCAAACAUGCUUUAAAAAUGACGGUCAUGCAUCAGAGAAGCCAGGUGACCUGACUCCAGAAGGACUGAAGUCAGAGAGGUCAAAAGAGCACCUAGGAUUGAAAUAAGUACUGAGUACGAGUCCUACAGCAACCUCCAAGGAGCACUGUCUUACUUGGCUCUUGUGAGCAGAGAUCGCAGUACCUUAAAUUAAGGCCUCUCCUAAAACCUAUCCUUGAAGGCCAGGCCCUUAGCCACCUGGUCUCAGAGAAAUCAUAUGAGAGUAACAGGCAUUUCCUUAUUGUAUUUAUAUUACUCUCUUCCUACUUUCCAACUCCCGAACACCUUCUAAUUACCACUGUCUUGGGAUGCUUUUUCCCCCAAAAGAACGGGAGUACAGGAGCCAAAAGGGAGGUGCUUCCAUUACAGGUGAAGUUAGAUCUACAGAGAAGAAGAUCUAGCAGUGAUUUAAACUCCAGGAGUAUGAAGAAUGAAUUGUAGUGCCCAGACAGUUGUGAAGGGCUCAGGCAAAUAUAGGAGCAACAUUGGCUAAAAUGGGGAGCAAAGGCUGCUUCCUGAGUAUUUGUCUAGACCCCAGGAAGGGCUUCACUUUUGCCUACACUCAGAUUUGCCAUGAGAAUCCCAAAGAGAGCAGACGUUUGGAUUUGCCCUCCUUGGGGCAUCUGCCUGACUAUUAACAUGUGUGCGAGCGGGUGCGUAUGUGUAUAAUGUGUUCAUGAGGGAGGGUUCUGUCAGGCUGAGUGCUUAGGUGUAUUGUCUGUAUUCAUAUUUUUGCGC